UGUUUUCAAUUAUAAUUUCGCUUUAAUUUAAUGACAAUAUGUUGGUGGAUAAAUUUAUUUUAUUGUCGAAUUUUAGUUGAUAAAUUUGAAUAAGAGCUUAUAAUUGCUAAGGAAGCAAGCGAUUAUCGAUAUUAUAAAUCGCUUUUCCAUAUUUGUGUGAUACACUUGUGCUCAAACAAUAUUGGAAAUCAGAUCAUUCAAAAAAAAAAGAAUAAAAUUGAAAUGACUGAUCUUAUCCUAUCGUUUAUGAUCUUUGUCGGCUCUAUCCUAUUCGUUAUUCUUCUCAUAUUUUUAGGAUGGUAUUGUGUUUGGAAAUUUUUUCUAUGUCGAUUUCGAUUGGUACGUGAAUUGUUCAGGCUUAAUGAACAACAACAACAUCAAAGUCCAAAUAGUUCCAAUUCAAGAUUACGUAAUCAAUCUGUCACCAAAGUUCGUCCCCCAAAAAUUGACUGAUUUCAUCUGUCCAAUUUUAUCAUGUGAUUAUUUUGAUUUUAUUGUCAUUAUUAAUCAAUUAAUGAGGCAAAAAAA